UUUCAAUGAUUGAUUUUCAGCUGUUUAGAUGAAUAUAUAAAGUGUCUGUAAUGCAUUUGAUGUCACCCUUAAAAUGUGUGUAUAUAAUUUCAUCUUAUCAACAAUAUUGUAUUACUUAACAUUUGAAAAAUGAAAAUAUCAACGGAUUUUAUGGAUAAAAUGUUGAUAAACUACUUCUCUCUCAUAUACUUUAUAUAUUUGUCUUUACUACUAAUAGAAACACAAAGUAUUAAUGAUAAUAAUUUAUGGCAAGUUAUAACUUCGUAUCCAAAUGCAACUAAAUUUGCAGAUUUUAUUCAAGAAAUGGGACUUCAGAAUUUGUUCGAGAAACCUGGUUGUUUUGGUGAUGAUGAAUGUUUGACAAUAAUUUUACCUACAAACGAUGCAAUUGAUCAUAUGGCUAAUGAUUUAGCAUGGUAUAGUUUAGGCGAUUAUCAAAAACAUUCAUUUAUACAUGGUCAUAUAAUUCAGAGAGGGGUUACUACUGGUCAGUCAUCUGUACGUGUAACAACAAGAGAAUGGACAAAAUUAGGUCAACAAAUGAACUUCAUCGAUAUUGGAUUCGGUACAGGUGUUGAAUAUACAACAUUACUUGCUAAUCAACAAUUCGGGUUUUCAACUAUAGCAGAUUCUACAUCUUUAUAUUUUGUAAAUAAUGCAAAAAUUGUGACACCAGAUGUUAUGGCUUCAAACGGAAUAAUACAAAUAGUAAAUCAAGUAUUAUACACACCGUAUAUUUCAUCACCAUUUAUGGAAUUUUUACAAAAACAAGGAAAUUUAGGUAUAUCAAAAGAAUUAUGGUACUUAUUAUUGCAAGAACCUAAAUAUGCACCAUAUCCAGCGCAACAUAUCUAUUCAACUAUAUUUGUUGUUAAUGAUUCUGGUUGGAGCUCAUUACCAAUUAUUCAACUGAACAGAUUAAGAAAAAAUAUCACUUUACUAGCUUCUGUUUUAUCUUAUCAUUAUUGUCCAAAUCAACUCAUUUAUCGCGAAUGGAUUUCAGUGAAACCUAAUAUGAAUAUUUAUACUGGUUUUCCCAAUAGACCACAAUCUGCAACUAGUAUUCAACUAAGUGAAUUAAACCCAGCCCAACUAUACAAAAGUAGUGGUGAUUCAAUUAUAAUAUCGAGUGGAAAUACUGAAGCAAAAUUGGAAGAUAAAAGUUUCAUCAUACAAAAAGCAAUCGUUCAUAUCAUUCAAAAGCCAUUAGCAUUUAUAUUUGAAACACGAGAAGAAAUUCUGAAUAGAAUUAAUUCAAAUCUGUUAUCUUCAUGUCAGUCAGAUACAAUUUGUAAAAACAUCUUAACAUCAUCUACAGAUAUAACGAUUUUUUCACCGAAUGCACAAGCCAUGCAAAAUUUUAAUAAAUUAUCUACAAGUGAAAAGGUAAAUUUAU